AUGUUUUUCCUUCAUUGGCGUUUUUCUUAUGAUAGUGGUAGCUGUAAUUUUCCUCGUCCACAAAUAUUUUUCCACCAGUUUUGUUCAUAUCUAUCUAUCUAUCUAUCUAUCUAUCUAUCUAUCUAUCUAUCUAUCUCAAUCUAUUCAUAUCCUUCUAUCCUUUCUUUUUAUAGAAGAAUUCACGCUUUACAAAGCCCGAGGCAUAUCAUCUAUCUAUCUACCUAUCUAUCUCAGCCUGUUCAUAUCUAUCUUAAUAUGUUCAUAUCUAUCUAUCUCAUUCUUUUUCAUAUCUAUCUUUCUAUUCUGUUCAUAUCUAUCUAUCUAUCUAUCUAUCUGAAUCAUCUAUCUAUCUCAGUCUGUUCAUAUCUAUCUAUCUUAAUAUGUUCAUAUGUAUCUAACUAUCUAUCUCAUUCUGUUCAUAUCUAUCUUUCUAUUCUGUUCAUAUCUAUCUAUCUAUCUAUCUAUCUAUCUGAAUCAUCUAUGUAUAUAUCUAUCUAUCUCAGUCUGUUCAUAUCUAUCUAUCUUAAUAUGUUCAUAUCUAUCUAUCUAUCUAUCUAUCUAUCUAUCUAUCUAUCUAUCUAUCUAUCUAUCUAUCUCAUUCAGUUCAUAUCUAUCUUUCUAUUCUUUUCAUAUCUAUCUAUCUAUCUAUCUAUCUAUCUAUCUAUCUCUCAGAAGAGAGUACCUGGAAAAUUGUUCUGCACAUAUCUAUCUGUCUUAAUCUAUCUAUCUAUCUAUCUAUCUAUCUAUCUAUCUAUCUAUCUCAGCCGAAAGAUGAUGAUGAUGAUCUAUCUAUCUAUCUAUGUUCAUAUCUCCCUAUCUAAGUCUUUACAUAUCUAUCUAUCUAUCUUUUGUAUGUCUGCUGAGCAAGAACCCUUACAUCAGAAUUGGAAAGAAGAUUAA